GAAAGCAACACGACAACCUCGGAUCAGAUCGAACGACGCAACUGGAGCUUUGACGUGAUCCGUUCCUCGCACACGCUGGCGCGACAAUCGGCACCCAAUGACAGCUGAACGUUGCGCGACGACCAGCCAAUCACAGUCGGGCGCUGUUUUCAAUUACGGAGCAACGAUCGGCCAAUCACAGCGCGAGUUCAAUAACUCAAGAUAUUCAAACGCGAGAUUUAGUUAGUUUCGCGCUUCAACCGUCUUCGGGUCCGGGUCAGAUCGUGUCGGUGGUCCGAAUUAAAGUGAAUUUCGGGAGUGUUUCACGAUCCUGCUUGGAUCAGAUAGUGUUGUUCGCGAUGCAGAUCAAGAUAGAAUAAUCGAACGUGAGAAAUAAGGCCCGAACGACGGUAGCACGGACCGAUUUCGUGCUCGUAUCAAAUGCAUCGGAUGCAUUUGCCGGACGCGAGUGCCGCGAUGUGUUUUCUCUUCGGCUUGAAGUGGAAUAAAUCCACAAGUGUCUGUGAAAGUGAAAAGAAAUUAGCGUAGUGAGUGUUGCUGGUGUAUCACCAGCUCAAGUGCAUUUGUGGAGUAGAAAUAAGUGGAUAUCUCUUCUCUUCUCCCAUCCCCUUCCCCCUUACCCCCGGUCUCAAGGAUAUUCAUCGACCGGAACUCUCUUACCUCGCUUCAUCGGCGAAGACAAACUUCCGGAGCUUGAGAUCCCUCAGCACGACCCCGUAUUCAUGACAAGUCGCAACAGCCCUGGCCGCCUGCCGGAAGAGCCGUCUCGCCUCGGGCUCGCGCAGUCUCCUGCGCGCCCUUACGUAGGCGUGCAGGUCACCGUGAUGGCCCUCCAAGAGGAGAUAACGCCGACCUCCAGGUGCCUCCACCACGCCCGCCACGCCACUCGCCGCGCCGGUGCCCUCCAGACGAAGGUGGGCCUGCAGCAACGCCUCGCAACCUUUGUCGCCCACGGUCAGCGCCUGAGUCAACGCAUCGUCGUCGGUUAAAAAAAGGAUCGGAAGUGGACCAUAAAGAGGUCAAUGAUAUCAUUAACGAGAUGGAAAAGCACGCGCAAAUUCCUCGAAUCACCGAAAACGCAUUACAUCAUACGCUGCUGCUAUCGUAACACGUGCUACUAUUGCGCACGCGGAUGAUCGUUCCAGUUGUCGCCGUUUAGGAGAAGACGGUCCAUCAAAUUCGUCACGAGGAAGCAGAUAUACUCGCGAAAACGACGGAUGCUUCAUCGUUACAAGCCAGCAUUGAUUGUUUUCUCUUUUAAAUGCACAAUGAGCGACGACGGGAAUAGCGGCGAGAAAACGGAUCCGGGCGCUAUCAGACACGGGAACUUUAUGAAUUAUUACCAAUUCCAUCCUGCGGAAGAGCGCGUGCGGCAACUUCCGGGUGGCGUGUGGCAGCGGCGACGGGACGCUCAUCCGGCCCGGAAAUACGCGGGUCUAGACGUCGGCUGUAACGCCGGGAAUCUCACAUACAUGUUAUACGACUUCCUCGAGAAGUCUAUAUCCCAGGAUCGUCCCGAGAUCUCUUUAAUCGGGGUGGAUCUCGAUCCGAUUUUGAUCGAGAGAGCGCGCGAGAGCAAUCCACAUCCGGAUCGUCUGACCUUCGAGUGUCUGGACUUUUUGUCCGAUGAUUGCGGCGAGACUUUGAGGAGGCAUCUGGCGCAACUUCACAAGACGCGAUUCGACGUGGUGUUUUGCUUCUCGAUCACUAUGUGGAUUCAUCUGAAUCACGGCGAUGAGGGUCUGGAGGAAUUUCUACGAAAAGCUUGCGAUCUGUCGGAAAUGAUCGUCGUCGAGCCGCAACCUUGGAAGUGUUACAGAAACGCGUCGAGAAGGCUGCGAAGAGUGAAAUCGGAGGACUUUCCGCUGUUGAAGGAACUAAAGUACACCGGCGAUCCGACGCAGCAUAUAGAGGACAUUUUGACAAGGCUGUGCGAUUUUCGAAAAGUCACCAUCACCGCGUGUAACGAUUGGGGACGCACGCUUUUGAUUUACGAAAGAAAAUAACGAUCUCUCCUUUU